AUGUGGCAUCUAAAACAGAAAUCUUAUAACUGUGAGAGAUGUGGAAAUGACUUUGUCAGUCGUGCAGCUCUGAAGUACCAUUUUCAUGCUAAGCAUCUUGGGAGGGUUCAUUGUGAAACAUGUGGUGUGGAGAUUUUACGAGAGGUUCCUUCACAUCACUCAGAGGCUGAGCAUGGAAUGGUGCUGGCUAACAAUCAAAGGAGUUGCUGGAAUAUGAAUCUGAAAAGGGAAACAAAAUUUGUAGCCGUGGGAACAGCCACUUCUUGCAGAAUGUGCUGCAAACGGUUUGGAUCAGUCCAUGCCAGAGAACACCAUGAGAAGCAGAAGCACCACUUUACAGCCAAUAAAAGAGCUCAGAUGGCCACUAAAUUUAAGCCUGAUAGCUUCUUGGAAUAUACAACACCAUUGGAGAUAAAGAUAUUUGUGGAAGAAAAACUCAGACCUAUUUUGGGUGCUGUAAGGCUAGCCUGUGCAUCAGACGUUGAAGGCAUUAUUGCAUUCAUCAAAGAAAUGUUUCCAUUGCCAAUAACUGACGUUAUCAAGGGUGGUUCAUAUAUAAAAGGAACAGAUACCCAAGACUUUUCUGAUGUGGACAUAGUUCUUUUUAGCAAAGCUUUUGCCAGUUUAGAAGACUGCCAAAGGACAACUCCAGAGAUACUAGAAGAGUUAGGAAGCGCCCUGAUAAAAUCCUCAUGGACGAACAGGUUAGUCUUGCAGAAACGGACAAAAUUUUCCUUAAGGUUCUAUUUUAAGUGUUAUAAAAAUCACCAUGGCCACUCAUUUGACAUCAUGCCUUGCGAUGGCGUGCUUGCAUCUGUGUUAUCAACAGGUUUAAAAGAGAGCUUUUACCACAAGCUGUACCUUUGCAGUGAUGAUGAUAAAAUCCAGCUGUACACCAUGGCCUUAUUGAAGUACCAAGUUGAAUUUGUCAAAGCAUCAACAGCGAGGGUGAAGGACUUCAUACGUUUAAUGAAGCACUGGUUCAAAACUUCAUUUGCUGAACCAACCGAAGAAAAUAAGCCAUUUGUGCUGGAUCCCGUUAACCCAACCUUCAACGUAUGUGAAAAUAGCAAUGCUUGGGAUGAAGUAGCCCACGUGGCCAGACGGAGUCUCCUCAAGCCCCUCUUCAAUGGCAUAACAGCAAAGGAGCCUUGGCUUUUUACAAACAACUGGUGA